AUGACUUAUGAACCACUCAAUCGUCGUUUGGCUAUAUUAGCUACUGUCUUUACUUUCUUAAGUAUUAUAUUAGGCACUAUUGCAUUAGCUACUAAUUACUGGACAGUCAGACCUAUUGUCGAACCAAUUAAUAAUGGAACAGAAAUUGUUGGUGAACGACAACAUGGUUAUCAAUGGAAUGGUCUUUUUAAAAUGUGUCGAACUGAUGAAAUAUGUGAUGCUAAAUUUUUGCCAUUAACAUUCAUUAUUUGUGUUUUGGGUCUUCUAUCUUUAUUAAUUGGUGGUAUUUUUUCAGCACUUGAUAUAACAAAAGCAACUAAUCGUCGUUUCAUCACUCCUCUAUUAAUCUACGUUGGUUGUGUAUUGAUGACAGCUGGUCUAUUCGAUUAUGCUUCAGUAUUAUUACUCAAUUCUCAUUCAUCACGCUCAAUGAUUGCUGCUCUUGUAUUUGCUUAUACAGCUUUACCUUUAUCAGCUUUUGUUGCUGGACGAUAUUCAGCUUAUGAACAUGCUUCAUUAGUCAAUAAUGGUGUUCAUCUCACUACACAAAAAUAUGCAGCUACAAAUGGCAAUGGUCUCUAA